AGGUUGUGUUCCCACAUGGCCGCUCCAGAUUCGUCCAUCAACAAUUACCAACUCCAUUACUCUGUUAAUGUGCAAGGGACAAAGAAUGUCAUUGAUGCUUGCAUUGAACUUAAAGUAAAGAGGCUUAUCUAUACAAGCUCUGCAAGUGUGGUUUUUGAUGGGAUUCAUGGUAUUUUUAAUGGCAAUGAAUCAUUGCCAUACCCGCCCAAGCACUAUGAUUCAUAUUCUACUACCAAAGCUGAAGGAGAGACACUGGUUAUCAAGUCGAAUGGUAUUAAUGGGCUCCUAACUUGCUGCUUACGACCUAGUGGCAUUUUUGGUCCUGGUGAUAAGCUAUUAGUUCCAUCUUUGGUUGCUGCAGCAAGGGCUGGGAAAUCUAAGUUUAUAAUAGGUGAUGGAAAUAAUAUUUAUGAUUUUACUUACGUUCAAAAUGUGGCACAUGCCCAUAUAUGUGCUGAAAGAGCUCUCGCUUCAGAUGGCAUAGUAUCAGAGAAGCUGCAGGGCAGCAUACUAUUCUCUCUCAUGCAGGCUUUUUUUCUUACGAAUAUGGAGCCAAUUAAGUUUUGGGAGUUUGUCUCACAAAUUCUUGAAGGACUUGGAUUUGAGAGGCCAAGAAUAAAGAUCCCUGCCUUUGUCAUGAUGCCAAUUGCGCAUUUGGUAGAAUGGACAUAUAGGCUGUUGGGCCCGUACGGAAUGAAGGUUCCGCAGUUGACACCAUCAAGAAUUAGACUUCUCUCUUGCAGUAGAUCUUUUGAUUCAUCAAAAGCCAAAGAUCAGAUCGGUUAUAUGCCCAUUGUGUCUCUUCAGGAGGGUAUAAAGAGGACAGUUGAAUCUUAUUCACACUUGAGAGCUGAAAAUCAACCUAAGAGAGAAGGUCCAUCUAAAGCUUUGAUAUGCCUUGGGAGUGGUCAGAUUGCUGACAUGCUUCUCUGGAAGAACAAAAAGCAGACUCUGACAGCAGCAUUGGCUUUGAUCAUAGUUUAUUAUAACUUUGUUGCAUCUGGUUAUACAAUUAUUACUGCAUUUUCAAAGCUUCUCUUGGCAACAUCAAUCUUCUUGUUUAUCCAUGGCAUCUUACCCGAUAAAUUAUUUGGAUAUACAAUUGAGAAAAUUCCCAUCUCUCAUUUCCACUUAUCAGAAGAUUCAUCACACCAAUUUGCUCUAUCAGUGGCCUCUUCAUGGAAUACUGGUGUUCAAGUUUUACAAUCUCUUUGCAAAGGGAAUAAUUGGACUCUAUUCCUCAAGGUUGUGUUCUCUCUUUUGGUUCUGAGUUUCCUAGGAGCUAUAUCAUUUCGCAGCUUAUUUAUUAUAGGAUUUCCGAUUGCGUUUUUAGGCUUCUACUUGUACGAGAAAAAAGAGCAAGAAAUUGAUGCUAUGGUCUUGAAUGUCCUCACAUUGGGAUGCAAAUUGAAAUCUGAUGCUGCUAGAAAAUUCACUUCUUUCAAGAAGAAUGACUGAUAACUAGAACUUCCAUAGUAGAUCAUGACAAGCAUUACAACAAUUGGGUGCAAAUGUUUGGAGCCUUUCAACUGCCUGAAGCUGUAAGCGAAUAUUAUGUAUUCUACCAGCAGAUGAAGUUUGAUUCAGUUUUUUUUUUUUUUUUUUUUUUUUUUUUAUCUUCACAUUGUACAUUGACUUUUCUUCUGUCUCAAUCUCUUCUUGCUUUAAUUAAUGAAUUAGCAAGCAUGUGUUUACCUUUUGGGUAAUUGUUUGUACAAGAAAUGAUGGAAAUAUUAUGAAAGAAUAAUUACAUUUGACAA